AGAUAACAAGAAGACAGAAAGACCAAAAACCUACAAGAACAGACUAUAGUUACAACGGCCAAAACAAAAAGCGAACAAACAAUAAGCUAAACACACAUCACAGCAAACCGAGUAAAAGUUCGAAAGGAAACACCCGAUUCCGAACAAAGCCCGGACAUUUGCGCUGCUGCCAAAGUCCCAAAGAACUUGAGUCUCAUCAUAGUUGCCGUGAGCCUCAAAACCCGAGGCCAGUCCUCAAAACCUCAGUGAGAAGAAAACCUACAGCUUCUCCGAAGACUAGCGCAAAAACGAAACCACUCCAACAACUCUUCAUCUUCUGGCGGCAAGGGAGCCUCUACGGGCAGUCGAAGAAACCGCCUCCGACCACCAACCUCCGGCGUGGUCCAAUGAGGUUAACUCCCACAGAAGUUUCAGAGUCGCCAAAGCAAAAAUCGCCGCCUCUAUUCCUCACGUAA